ACCAGUGUGACUGCAAUACUUACAGACACACAGCCACCUUCUCUUUUACCAGUGUAUGUUGAGGACGAGUCCCUCUUUGUGGUCAGUGAAGUGGCGGUUGGAAGCGACCAUGUGUCAGUCGGAGGAGCCGGGGACCAGGCUGGGCCUCAACAGUCCUGACCUGCUGGUGAGGGAGGCUUUUCUGAUGGCCCACGACUACAUAGACUAUGUGACCUCAGGGGGGGCAGAUGGCUCCAUGGCUCCUGCUCCAACAGCCUGCACCGCAGCUCUGCGCCAUGCCGGAGACGAGCUUCUCACCCGCUUCCCCAUCUUCUUCAGGCGGUGGCCGCGUGUCUUCCAGGACGUGGCGGAGAACACGGCCUGCCCCAUGCUCGUGAGCAUCCUGGACGAGCACUUCUUCGCCCCAGUCCCUGGGGGACGGCGCCGAGACCUGGCCUGGAGCGCUGUGUUAUCGGUGUAUGUGCUGGCUGGCCAGAUGGCUCUGCAUUGCCAUGAACGGGACAUGGCAGCGGUCCUGCCACAGCUCAAACAGCAUGUGGGGGCCUAUGUAGAGAAGGUCAUCUGCCCCGAGAUACGAGACAAGGGAGGAUGGAGUGGUUUUGUGUCCCGCUUUGGAGAGAAGCAGGGGCUGGAACGGCAGGUGAAGGCGGCGUGCUGUUGGACCUUAUUGGCUUUCACCACGAGCAUCAUCACUUACCUCUUGUGGAAAAGAAUGGUUUAGCCAGCACUGCCACCUAGAUCACAGCAAGAACUAGAAACCAACAAGCUCAAGAUUAAAAUGAGAUUCUAUGGAGAUAUUGUGUCCUCUUGUUCUGUAAACAAAAUCAGCAAAUAAGUGUAUAAAGCUUGUUGACAGUCAUUCAUAUUCUUGCCUAAACAUUUCAGGUAGAAUGCAACUCUGCAGUAUUUUAUGAAUUCACAUGUAGUGCAAAAAUAAUCCUAGAACGUGGUGCAUUUAUACACAAGAUACAUGCAUUUGGUCAAGUCCAUUUCCAGCUCCACUCUAGUUCAUCCUGAUUUGUAUGAAUAGCUGGAGUUACAGGAGCCAUUGUCAUCUGUAUUUAAGCAAAUGUAAGUAGAUCGCAG